UGCGAACGUUCAGCGGACAGCGAACACUGCAGUGCAGCAGCCAACCAGCACACAGCUAGCGAGACUCACUACUCAGAGAAAUAUGGACGGAAUAACGUUAGAAGUCAGCCGCUGUCAGGAAGACCCCCUCCACGUGGGCCCAUAAGCCAUGUCCACGGAUGACAGCAUCUCCGAGGAUGUGUCCAGCUCGGCGGCGCUGAGCCACUGCCACGCCAGCGCUGAUGGAGGAAAGGAGAGCGAGACCUCCCUGGUGUCCUCCGAGGGGACGUCGGCCUCGGCCGCCUUGGAGGACAGGAACAGCAGCUCCAAAACAACGGGAGGAACCGUGGAGAGCCGCCACGUGGACAUCACACCAGCAUGCAACAGGAUCAGGAAUCUGUGUCUGAGCACAGACGAAGCAUUCGAACACGGGAAGACCCUACCGUUCAUCAACCCGAGCUCCCUGGAGACCCUGAGGGCCCUGGUGCAGGAGAUCCAGAGCAGCGGAGAAACGGACCCUGAGAUCUGGAAGGACUGUGAGGGUCGAUGGUUGCAUCUGUUCCAGCUGGUUGAGAAGCAAUACCAAGAGCAAAUACUCGCUCAGCAAGAACAAUAUCAGUGCCAAAUACAGUUGAUUCAGGAUGAAAUUAAGGCCCUGGUUCAGCUCCAGAACCGCCCGACCAGUGUGCAGCCACAGACAGAGUUCCCCUCUUUGACCAAAAGUCCCUCAAACCCAAAAGACUGCAUUUUUUCCAUCAUCCCCAGGGAACGCACACGUCCCAAAAAGGUGCCAAGUGACAAUGAGAGCCUGGGAGCCCCCGUCCUUAGUGCUUUUAGCUCCCCGUCGCCUCCGCCGCCCAGGUUGGAGACCACCAGCCGGCCAGAGGAGCAGACCGCCACGGUGCUCAGCAGCGGAUAUGGAACACUGUGUGCCUGGGAAACUGGCUUUGGACCCGCCGAGUCUCCAGGCGGAGACGGGGAGGAUGAUGACGGAGGGCAGAAGCACAGCUGGACCAGUAUCCUCCAGGAAGAGACGCGGACAACUCUGGCAGAGUACCAGCAAGACUUUUCCAAUGAGCGGACCGUCGUGAACGAGUCUGUUCCGCCUGUGCACCAGCAGAAAACGUCUGGUAUCAGCCAGCAGCUGACCUCCUGGGCCCAGAGGCAGAAACUCAGACCCAAGAGGACCAAGGCGGGCCAAGGUGCAGCACAAAGCCCAGACUACCAGGAGUUGCCUCGCAGCCCCAGCGAACCCGGCAAACAGAGUCUGCUGGAGCAAACCGAUUCCCACGAGCUGCAUCGAUUGGCAGGGCUGUCAUGCAGCUCUGUUGCCCUGAGAAGGAGCGACAGCCUGAUGUCAGAGGCUUCAGGUCUGACCUACUGGCGGCUGAACGAGUGCGACCUGUAUCGGCCCCUUCCGGACAGCUUUGACAGCGGAGCUUACUUCCUGCUGCAGGAGGCCUCCAUGAGUCUUAGUCCAUCCCAGGAGCCACGGCUGUCCCUCAGAGAGAUCUAUCAGAGCAAACAAAAAGACUGGGAAGGUUCUGUUACAUCCAGCCCUUUGUCCCCACAGGUGUUGAUGUUGGACCCGGCGGCCACCACGCAGCAGUCGGAUCGAACGUCCGGCUUCACUUCGCCGUCUCACUUCAGCAGCCCGUCGUUUGCCGCCCAGCCUCAUCCCUACCCCAGACUCGGGACCUCCAUAACGCCCGACAGCAUGGCGGAGAGCAGUCGCAACCCCGGAGACACCGACUGCAACUCGGACACGUCCAGCGUCUCUGCUGCCGGAGCCUCUCCGGCUCAGACGCAAAGCUCCCGGGCAAACGCUCCCCAAGCAGUUCUGUCUACCUCCAAAGAUCAGAGCCAGCUGUCCAGCAGCCAGCGGCGCAGAGCUAGCGCGCCCUUAGCCAGCGAAGAGGAGGGGAGCCACACCCACAGCAGCACCCUGAAGCCCGGCGCCGCCUCUGGUGUUGGUCAGCAGCCUGCCGUCAGUCCUCGCGUGGAGAGAGCUUCAUCGCUAGAGGAUCCUGUGGUCCUGUCUUUACUGCGGCAGAACCUCCGAGAGAAGCACUCCCGGCACGUAGCUGAUCUGAAGGCCUACUACGAGUCCGAGAUUCAAAUCCUGCGGGACAAACUGAAGCUCAGAGACCUGCCCCAGGAUUUAGAGAAGAGCAACCAGGCCCUCACUGAAAGAUGCAGACAUCUAGAAAAAGCUCUGGCUGAGGCGACAAGUCGUAUCCAAGAACUGGAGGCGACAAACAUCCUGCUGGAGAAACACCUGGCUGAAUGGCCGGAGCGCUACGCCGUAGCAGGAGCCACUGUGAACUCCCUGCAGCAGCGGCUGGAGGAGAGCAAGCGCUCGGCCAGAGAGAAAGACGGGCUGGCGGCGCGUCUGAGGAGCCGCGUGCGGCAGCUGGAGGAGGCGGCGCAGAAAGCCUGCAGGGAGGCAGACGAGAAGGAGUCGAGAAGGGAGCGAGAGUACAAGAUGCUGCAAGACCUACUGAAAGAAUACGACUCUCUGGUGAAGGAGCACGAAGCAGUAAAGAACAACCUGGUGUCGGCAGAGAGCAAGCUCGUCGACGCAAACGAUCAGAUGUCUGAGCUGAAGAGAGUUGUCUCAAAGCUGGAGUCACAGGUGAAGCAGCUGGAACAUGAGAACCAGGCCAGGAUCCGUUACGCUUCCUCCAGUAAUGCACAACCCUCGGGGGCCGGGCUUUUCCACCACCCGGACCUGCUGCUGUCACCCAGUAAAGGCAGAGUGGAGCCAGAUGUCACCCGAAGGAGGUCUCCCUGUUUUUCUGACCAGCUGAACGGCAGCAGAAAAACUCAAACCAACCAGCCCAAGGCUCACAAGAGGCCGUCUUAUCCGUUAGACGAUCAGUCGUCUGGAACUGGCAGCUCUGUGGAUGCCUCCUCUGCGGGCGCCAGCUGGAGGUGUGCGUCUCCGCCUGAGUGCGAACAGACGCUGCUUCAGAGCAGAUACCCGGAGCAGAGCGCUGGCAUGAAGGAGGCCGCUCGGCGAGAGGGAUCCAGCCCCCUGACCCCCGUGAUGAGGGCCCUGAUAGAGUUGGAGGAGACCAAAGCCACAGAGACCCGGGCCCCCUGGGUCGGCCAUCAGAGGACCACCGUUGGGUUUGUGGAGCGCAAACACAAAGAGCCAAUCCGGAAGCGUCCUGAGCUGGUCCAGGAUGAGACGGAGGCGGCGAAACCGGGGUGGGCAGAGAGCGGGGGCCCGAGAAGUCGCAGCGGACUGGACGGGGCCGCGGCCCUGCUGAGAGCUCAGAGGAGUCUUUCCCCUGAGGGCCACAGGUCCUCCUCGCUGCCACCGGCGGCACAUAGGAACGCACCAACAGCCACCCCAACCAAAAGGGAAACGUUGCUCAUGCCCCUGUCUGCCAAGUCCAGCCCUAAACGCUGCCCCACCGAGAACUACUCCACAGCUUUUGGCCACUGGAUGCCAAGAGAGGAGCACCUGCCCCAGAGGCACGAUGGACGUGUUGACAGGAGACGGCAUUCGUUCCACAGCAGCAGUUCCAGGAAGAAGCUCCAGUUCACAUCAGCAGAAGACAAAGACCCUCAGGGCCCAGAGCCCUCUGGCCACGCGGAGCCACUGGACAGAACCUCCCAGCUGGGCUGGGAGGAGCAGCGAGGCUGUAGUGGCCCCGACCAGCAGGGGUCCUCAGAGGACCUGACCCUGCUGUGCCUGGACCGACCCCAGUCACUGGCGGAGGCAGAAAGACUGUUUGAUGAGCUGACGCAGGAGAAGCUGCAGAUUGAGGCAGCUUUGAGCAGGAUGCCUGGAGCAGGUGGCAGAGUGAGCCUACAGACCCGAUUAGAUGAGGUGGCCUUAGAGAAUCGUCUGGAGAGACUAAACCGCGAGCUGGGAUCCAUCCGAAUGACGCUGAAGAGAUUCCACGUCCUGCGCUCGUCGGCCCACAUCUAGCAGCGUCUGGACUGCCACGGCUGAGUGGGCUGGACCGGACAGCGCCGUGCCAUGAUCCCGCCUGUACAUUGACACGCUCAACAUGUUUUUUAUACGUCUGACUUUACAUCACUCUGGGAUAUUUUUUUAUACGUCGCGAAAAAUAUUGUAACUUUUCUGGAAUCUAUUUUUUAGUAAAGCACAGAUUUGUAAAGUCGUUUACUUUUUUAGUCACAGGGAAAAUGAUGAACACGUUUUACCACGCCGAGGGAGAGAUUUGAAGAUGUGAAGACACACCUACAAAGCAUUCGUGCACGAAACCACACCGCCUUUUGUUUUUUUCCCUUCCAGAUCUUAUAUUUAUUUGAGAUUAAAUAAAUGUUUGUUUAUGGGUUUACAUGUCUGUUUAAAACGUCUGUCUCACGUUUUUCAGUUGUAGAUUUCACUUUGGGCCAAACCUUUUUAACUUGAAGGACAUCUCUGUUCAUUUGAAUCAAACUGCCUUUGUUUUGUUUUUACCUGUUGCUUUAUGAACUAAAUGACAUCAUGUCGUAUCACCCGGUGAGACCAGACCAGCACACAAACCUUUUCCACAGCCAGAUUCUCCACCCGGUUCUGCUGUGGCCAGGACUCUCGUGCACGCGGGUUCUUCCACUGGCUCUUUUUUUGUCCGUGUCGGUUUGCUGCAACAUGUUUUUCGAUGGACCUGUAAUGCUAUUGCACAAUAAAAAACUUUUUUUUGUUUUUUUUUUUAGAAA